AUGAAGGUGUCCACGUCAAUUCCCGUUGCUUUCAUUGUCUUGGUGUCCACGCUGAACCAAUUGGCUGCUGCUCAAACAACCAGCUCCUGCCCAGCUCAAAAUCUUCGAUCAGUGCAAGCAAAACGAGGACAAUUACUUGAAAACAUGUACACAAUCAGACUAUGCAUGCUUAUGCAAGUGGCAGACGCAAAAGGUGUCCUGCUGGGAUACAUGUCCCAACGAUAG